ACAAUAUACACAUUUCUCUAUCGCCAGUUGUAGUUGACGUUACUCUCACUCUCUCUCUCACACACACAAACACACACAUUCUCCCUCUCUCUCUCUCUAUAUAUAUAACUAUCUAUAUCUCUCUAUAUCUAUCUAUAUAAUACUUGCACCAGUAUAUCUAUCUAUCUAUAUAUGAUAAACAAUCGAUAACUGGAGGUGCUACAAACAUCACAAUGAAGAAGAAGGUGUUAACCUUCAUACUUUCACUUAUCCUAUUCACAAAUCUCGCACUCGCACAAUCAGCAAAGCUCGACACACAGGAAGUGAAGAUACUGCAACAAAUUGGUGAGAAAUUAGGUAUAGCAGGGACGAAAGUAUGGGAUCUGGAUAAGAAUCCUUGCAGCGGUGAAGGAAAUUGGGGCAUCGGUGAGUACAGAAAAGGCGUUAAUGUGUCAAUUGUGUGCGAUUGCUCGUUCGAGAGUAAUGCUACCUGUCAUGCUGUUGAUAUAUAUAUUAAAUCGCAAAACAUCUCGGCUGCUCUUCCGUCUGAGUUUUCCAAGCUUCGGUACCUUCGAACAUUGGAUCUCAGUCGUAACUACCUCAAUGGAACAAUUCCUUCCGAAUGGGCUACUAUGCAAUUGCACAACCUUUCUCUCAUGGGAAACCGGUUCUCCGGGCCGUUUCCAAGAGCUCUCACUAGAAUGACCACCCUCCGAGACUUGAGCUUAGAAGGAAAUCGCUUUUCAGGAUCCAUACCCCAAACGAUUGCAAACCUGAAAAAUUUGGAGAGACUAAUUCUAACUUCAAAUGAGUUCACUGGAGAGCUGCCUGAAGCACUUGGCAAUCUUACCAACUUGACUGAUAUGAGAAUAAGUGACAAUAAUUUCACUGGAAAGAUACCAAACUUCAUAAGUCGGUGGACAAAGAUUGGGAAAUUGCAUAUACAAGGCUGUUCUCUUGAAGGACCGAUUCCUUCUAGCAUAUCUGUCUUAACACAACUAAAUGAUCUGAGAAUCAGUGACUUGAAAGGGGGAGCUUCUAGUUUCCCGAAAGUACAGAAAAUGACAGAACUGAAUAAAUUGGUACUUAGGAAUUGUUUGAUCCGUGGAAAAAUCCCUGACUAUAUCGGGAGUAUGCCUUCUCUGAAAACACUAGACCUCAGUUUUAACAACUUGACUGGAAAGAUCCCGUCAUCUUUUUCACAACUAGGAAAAACAGAUCACAUUUAUUUGACAGAAAAUAAUCUUACUGGACAUAUACCUGCAUGGAUCUUCUCAAGUACCAAGGACGUGGAUGUUUCUUAUAACAAUUUCACUUGGGAUUCUUCUGGUCCAAAAACAUGUGAACGAGGGACAGUAAACGUGGUGGAGAGCUAUUCUUCGUCAACAAAUAAACAAAAUAAAAUUCCUUCAUGUCUCAUGAAAGAUUUUCCAUGUACUAGACCGAUUGAAGAACAAAUCUAUUCUCUAUACAUCAAUUGUGGUGGCAAAGAAGUAAAUAUCAACAACACCAUCGAAUACGAAUCUGAUACUGAACGAAAAGGCGCCUCAACAUAUUACAACGAUAGAAAUUGGGCGUUUAGCAGCACAGGAAACUUCUUAGACGAUGACCAUGAUUCCGAUGUUUAUAUUCUUUCCAACACAUCUAGGCUCCAUAAUGUUUCCACAUUUGAGACCGAAUUGUACACAUCAGCACGCACCACUGCUAUUUCUCUUACGUAUUAUGGAUUGUGUCUUCUAAACGGUAACUAUACGGUUAGACUCCACUUUGCAGAGAUUGUUUUCACCCAAGAUAACACAUUUACUAGCCUCGGGAAGCGUGUAUUCGAUGUUUAUGUGCAGGGAGAGCUGAAACUAAAGAAUUUUGAUAUAGUAAAAGAGGCUGGAGGUACCGGUAGGCCCGUUAUAAAGAGUUACAUGGUUAAUGUGAAGAGCAACACACUCAAGAUUCAACUUUUCUGGGCUGGAAAAGGCACUAUUGGAAUUCCUCUAAGAGGAAGUUAUGGUCCAAUCAUAUCAGCUAUAUCGGUUCACCCGAAUUUUAAGCCCCCAAAUUUUGAUAAAAAGAUUGAUGGUCGUUUACUAGUUGCAACGGUUGGUGGAGGACUGCUUUUAGUAAUUCUAAUCGUUUUUAUCUUGUGGAGAAAGGGCUACAUUAUGGGUGGAAAAGCAGCCGAUAAAGAGCUUAGAGGUCUAGAUCUACAAACCGGAAUAUUCACGCUCCGACAAAUAAAAGCUGCAACUAAAAACUUUGAUCCAUUGAACAAGCUUGGAGAAGGUGGUUUUGGUGCGGUUUACAAGGGUCAACUGUUGGACGGGACGGUAAUCGCUGUGAAACAACUAUCAUCAAAGUCGAAACAAGGUACCCGUGAAUUUGUCAAUGAAAUUGGCAUGAUUUCAGCACUACAACACCCGAAUCUUGUCAGACUUUAUGGAUGCUGUGUUGAAGGGAACCAGUUGUCUUUGAUUUAUGAGUACAUGGAAAAUAAUUGCGUAUCUCGUGCUCUUUUUGGGCGAGACAAAGUGUCGAAAGCAAAGCUGACGUGGCCCGUGAGGGUGAAGAUAUGCAUAGGGAUAGCUCGAGGUUUGCUUUAUCUUCAUGAAGAAUCACAGCUGAAAAUUGUGCAUAGAGAUAUUAAGACUAGCAAUGUUUUGCUUGAUAAAAAGCUCAAUGCAAAAAUAUCUGACUUCGGUUUAGCAAAGCUUAAUGAUGACGGAAAUACACACAUCAGCACUCGCAUUGCAGGAACAAUAGGUUAUAUGGCUCCAGAGUAUGCCAUGCGUGGUUACUUGACUCCUAAGGCAGAUGUUUAUAGUUUUGGAAUUGUGGCGCUAGAAAUUGUUAGUGGAAAAAGUAACACCAACUACAGGCCAAAAGAAGACUUUGUUUACCUUCUUGAUUGGGCAUAUGUUUUACAAGAAAGAGGAAGCUUGUUAGAACUGGUUGAUCCAGACUUAGGAUCAGAAUAUUCAUCAGAGGAAGCAAUGACGAUUCUGAAUGUGGCUCUUUUAUGCACGAAUGCAUCACCAACGCUUAGACCAACCAUGUCUCAAGCCUUGAACAUGCUAGAGGGUCGAACCAACGUUCAAGAUUUGCUAUCGGACCCGGGUUUUUCAACUGUAAACCCUAAGUUUAAGGCAUUAAGAAACCACUUUUGGCAACACCCUAGUGAAACCUUCACCGUGUGUGAUGACCCGAGUACCGAGUCCCUGCUCCCUUAAUAUAGGUAUUAGGUGUUCAAGAAUUAUUUAAAAAAACAACUAACAAGCAUGCAAAUGUGUAUCUAAUUGUGUAUAUGAUUAUGACAAUAAACACUCAUAAUGUAAGAAUGUGUUAGUAGUGCCUCUAUUAUUAUAAGAGUCAAAACUUAUCAAAGGAUGAGUUUUAGCCUUUCUUU